GAAGACGUGUCGGUGCGUUAGCGCCUCGAGGCGCGCCCCCUACCGCGGAGUCGGCGCGGAACAGUUACGCUCGGGGCCGGAAGGGCAUUUAUUGAGCGCCCACAGAAUGCCCGCGCUGCACUGCGUGCCACCACUUCGGCUAGCGCGCGGGGAAGCCCCGUCUCCAAGGGCCCGGUCUUACGCACGCCCGCAGCCGCCCGGGCCCGGGUCUGAGCGCCGGAUGACGUGGGCGCUGCGGGGAGAGGGGCGCGCGGCGGGCCGGUAGGGGGCGCGGCGGGCCGGACCGGGCGGGGCCGGGCGGAGCGGGGACCGGACCCAGCGGCGCCCACCCUCCGCGGUCCGCAGAUGGCGGCGCCGGGCGCGGGGCCCGGGCCGGGGCCGCCACCGGGGCUGGAGGCGGCCCUGCAGAAGCUGGCGCUGCGGCGGAAGAAGGUGCUGAGCGCCGAGGAGAUGGAGCUGUUCGAGCUGGCGCAGGCGGCGGGCGGCGCCAUGGACCCCGACGUGUUCAAGAUCCUGGUGGACUUGCUGAAGCUAAACGUGGCGCCCCUCGCAGUCUUCCAGAUGCUCAAGUCCAUGUGCGGCGGGCAGAGGCUGGCGAGCGAGCCCCAGGACCCCGCGGCGGCGCCCCUGCCCACGCCCGGCGUUCCUGAGACCCGAGGGAGAAACAAAGGCAGUGGUGCCCUUGGCGGAGGCCCGGUGCUGCCAGAACGCGGCGUCCGGGAAGGAUCCUGCCAGAGGAUGCCCCGCCAGCCCAGCACCACCAGGCUGCCCAAGGGGGGCGGGCCGGGGAAGAGCCCCACGCGGAGCAACACCUGAGCAAGAGGAUUCGCAUGGGCCCACCGCGGGCUGCCAGCCUCUCAGACAGGCUGCUCCUCCCGUUGCUAAUAAACCUCUUUGAAAACAUGA